ACACGUGUGUAGUACAGUGUCGAGCUGAAGAGAAGAAAUAGCAACCAAACCUCAGCUUUCGGACACCUUUGUGUGAUCUUAAACUUCUUUUUCCUUAUCCGUCGACGGCUUUGCCGGCUAAGCAGUCAACAUGGUGAAGCCUCAGUUUAAGGGGAGAAGCUCGAUAAACAAAUCGACGUCCAGCUCCAACCCUGAUCGAGCCAAAGGUGCUGGAGGGAGCAGUAUGAGGGACCGAGCCACCAUCAAGCGUCUGAAUAUGUACAGACAGAAACAGAGAUGUAAUAACAGAGGACAAGUCAUCAGACCUUUACAGUUCCAGUCCACAGUGGCUCCUGGGACAGUAGCCAGAGUUGAACCCAACAUCAAAUGGUUUGCAAAUACAAGAGUGAUCAAGCAGUCUUCCCUCCAGAAAUUUCAAGACGAGAUGGGUGCUGUGCGGAAGGAUCCAUAUCGUGUUGUCAUGAAACAAAGUAAACUCCCCAUGUCCCUGUUGCAUGACAAAGCCAAAGCCCAUAACUCAAAAGUGCACAUUCUGGACACAGAGGGUUUUGAGACAACAUUUGGGCCCAAGUCUCAGAGAAAGAGGCCCAACCUCAUGGUAGGGGAUGUGAAGGACCUCUUGGAAAAAGCUGAGGCUUCAACCAAGAGCUACAAUGCAGAAAAUGACAAAGACCUUGUGACUGAGGACACAGGGGUUCGGGACGAAAUGCGUGAGGAAAUCUUCAAAAAGGGUCAGUCCAAGAGGAUCUGGGGAGAGCUUUACAAGGUGAUCGACUCAUCCGAUGUCAUCCUCCAAGUGCUGGAUGCCCGUGAUCCCAUAGGAACACGCUCCAAGAGCAUCGAGAACUAUAUAAAGAAGGAGAAAUCCUGGAAACAUUUGAUCUUUGUUUUAAACAAGUGUGACCUGAUCCCCACCUGGGUCACGAAACGGUGGGUAGCAGUUUUGUCCCAGGAGUACCCCACUCUGGCUUUCCAUGCCAGCCUCACCAACUCGUUUGGUAAGGGCUCCCUCAUCCAGCUGCUCAGACAGUUUGGCAAGCUCCACACAGACAAGAAACAGAUAAGUGUGGGUUUCAUUGGCUACCCGAAUGUGGGAAAGAGCUCAGUCAUCAACACACUGCGGUCUAAAAAGGUCUGCAAUGUGGCACCCCUUGCCGGAGAAACAAAGGUGUGGCAGUACAUCACUUUGAUGAGGCGCAUCUUCCUCAUUGACUGCCCUGGUGUUGUCUAUCCUUCAGAAGAUAGUGAAACUGAUAUUGUUCUGAAAGGAGUGGUUCAAGUGGAGAAGAUCAAGUGCCCAGAAGAGCACAUUGGGGCAGUACUAGAGCGGGCCAAGCCAGAAUAUAUUCAGAAGACCUACCGCAUCCCCACUUGGAACUCAGCUGAAGACUUCCUUGAGAAGCUGGCAUUUCGCACUGGGAAACUCUUGAAGGGGGGUGAACCGGAUCUCUCUACAGUCUCCAAAAUGGUGUUGAAUGAUUGGCAGAGGGGACGUAUCCCCUUCUUUGUGAAACCCCCAGGACCAGAGGGGGAUCCAGCGGACAAGGAGCGACUGGCAGUUGAAGGACCCUCAGAGGUAGUUGAGAAUGUGCAGGAGGAACAGCCAGACGAAGCAGAAUCCACCUCAGCAGGACGUGAGGAACAGGAGCACCAUCAGCAGAAAAAGGAGCAGGUCCAGAAGAUUCUGUCUAAUGUGCGACAGAACUUUGGCAAGAUCAAUGUAGCACCUGAGUUCUGUGAGGAAGACUUGGUUCCUGUGGAGAUGCCAGACCUGGACAUGUCUGACUUCUCUGGCUCUGAUGGCGAGGAAGACAGUGGUGAAGAAGAAGGAGGAGAGGAGGAUGAAGAAGCAGAAGACAGGACCGUUGUUGAGCCAGCUGAUGGAGAGACUGAGCUUGCCGAGCCAACAACCACUCGAACUGGCAAGGCAAACUACAACAAGAGUUCACGCGAGGUGAUCCGAGAGCUGGAUGAGAAAAUCUCUAAGUACAAGCAGUUCCUGGACAAGGCCAAAUCCAAGCGCUUCUCUGCAAUCCGGAUACCUAAGGCCCUUUCUGACAAAGUGUUCAUAGACAUCAAGACUAAACAAGCCGCGGCAGCAGAGAAGAGAGCUGCAGUCCAGAAGGGCAAGAAGAGGAAAGCUGAGGAGGGCGAGGAGUCCGCCCAGCUGCCCAGACUGUCAUCUAAAGAGAAAAGAGCGAUGGACCGUGCUAAGAGGUCGAAGAAAGUCGGUGUACGCUAUUACGAAACGCACAAUGUGAAAAACAAAAACAAGAACAGAAAGGCCCCAGCAGCUGCCACAGGAGGCCAAAAGGCCAAGAGAUCAAAGCAGUAGACUGGAGUUAUAAAACACAACAUGCAAUAAUUCUAUAUUUAAAUUAGCCAAAAGGCUAUGUUUUUUUUAAUGAAAAUGUUGAGUUGAUAAAAAGGUGGAAUGCUAACUGAGUGUUAAAUGGUCUUUAUCCAGUUGGCCACUAGAUGCCUUAUUAUGACCUCGUCUAACCCUCAGGGAUAUGACUGUAUCUUGCCUUUCAACUCUUCCCUUCAGCACAGUGUUUUUGAAUGAUGUUUCAUUCAUCAUUUCAUCUUCUGUGUAAUGCUCUCUUGAUGUUCAAGAGAAAUGUACAGUAAAUGUUUCAACUGUACUUGUCAUGUCAUGCUUUGUGAGGAGAAAAAAUAAAAUAUCUGCUUAUUAGACA